AUGAGCGGCGACAAGCGCGACUGGUGGAGGUCCGGCAGCGAGCCCAGGCGCGGGUCGGGCCAGGGCGGCGGGGCCCGGGGCGGGCACUGCGGCCAGCGCCAUGGGUCAGCCGGCGGGCUGGAGGGCGGCCACUUGGCGCAGCGGUCCGCGCCGACGCCUGGGGGUUCCGCGCCGGCGGCGUGGAGGCGCACUGGGCUGGCCGGACCGCUGGUCAAGCCGCCGUCGUUCGAGGAGCUGGCGCCCAGGGAGAUAAGGCAGAGGGGGUCCCGGGGCUUCGGGAGGAGCGAGCCCAUGGCCGGGGCCAGGGAGUCCGGGCGGAGGGCGGGUGCGCAGCCUGGCGCGUCGAGGAGGGAGACGCGGACGGGGGCGCCGGCCUGGACGGAGAGCAAGCAGGCGUCAUCCCAGACCUUCCACAUACCAAGCCCUUUUGAAGGGGGCACAUCACAGGCGCAGAUCUCGUUUUGGAAGGAGGCUGUGGACUCCUGGUUCAAGGAGGCAGCAGACAAGGACGGCUGGGUGAAAGGAGCAGCAGCAGUUAAUUUUUUUCGGAGAACAGGGUUAGAUGAUAGCAGCCUUGCCAAGGUCUGGGACAGGUCUGUGCCCCCUUUCAGUGAAGGCAUGACACGUCAACAGUUUGACUGUGCUCUGAAGAUUGUGGCCCUGCUGCAGUCUGGCCAGGAGCUCACCAUCCAUAGUGCCUCUGCAGCAGUUGCUGUCCCCACUCCGGUGAUGUUCCCAAAGAUCGCCCCUGCGCCACUAAAUAUUCCGUCACAGGAAGACAUGUUGGAAGUGCAAUCGUCCCCUUCAUCGUCGCCAUCAACGCCAGUGUCUCUCUCUGGCAGUGACAUGCCCAUUAGCAGUGCAAGCAGCGUCCCUGCUCCUCUGUGGCUUGUUUCCGAGUUGGGCCCUUCAAGCAACACACAGGCCUCUGCACAGUUCUUCACCCAUUCUGAUACUGGUGAUGACAGUGGCGUGCUGCCAGCACCCCAGUUCUAUGGAAACUCUGAUGCUGGCGAAGAAGUUAGUGGGGAAUUUGGCGAAGAUGUCAACGCAAAAGACACAUUCAUUCCGUGCUCCUCUUGUAUUGUUCAUGUUGAGCUUCGCUUGCCGACCUUGCACCCCAAAAACAGUGCAAAACUGGCAAGGAUUGUUGCUGUCAAGGACUCCUUGAUCGCCUAUCCCUCACUGUCGGGGGGCAUGCUACAAUGGGUUGGGGUCCGGGACAGUUUGGGCCAUUUAAAGGAAGCUCGCAGGGAGCAAACGGAAGAUUUAGACAGUGCGGCAUGUGUUGAAAUAUCAUCUGACAAGGACACCAAGGUUACAAGCCAUGCUUUGACCUGCACUUCGGACUUCCUUUGGCUCGGUCAUGAGAAUGGAACUGUAAGUCUGUGGCAUGUGGAUGGGAGGGCACAAGAACUGAGUGCACACAUCACCAGCUGGAAGGCUCACAAGUCUGGGAGUGUGUCUGCAAUGGUGGCAACCCAGUGGGGCCAGCUCUGGACUGGAUCAUCGAGAGGAUCCCUGAGGGUGUGGGGCCAAGCAACAUCCGGAACUGGGCCGAGUGGACCAAGCCGAACACUGCGUAGAAACCAUGGCGACAAGGCGCAUGGGGAGGUGAAGUCGAUUGUAUUGUCUACGUGCGGAUCAAUUGUGUGGACUGCCGGCCACAGCAAUCUGGGCCUCUGGGAUGCAUACACUGGCGAUUUUCUUGGAAGGAUUGACGCAGACAGGGUCGAUGGGUUGGGACCAGUUGCCAAUUUUGAUGACAAAGAAAAGGUUAUCGAUACAAACAAGGGUUUUGUAGGUGGCACAAGAUUCAGGGCACGCACAGCCGCUGACUCGAGUGAGCUGCCACCUGACAAGAAGGGUGGCAGAGUGGUCAACAUAACUAGAUUCAUAGGGAAGAUAGGCAAGAAAGCGGGAACCCAAGUACUCCGAAUGCCUGCUGCGGCGGUGGGUGGGAUAAAUGUGCAACGUGUCGGAUCCAUACAGGCAUUGGUGGCCCAGGCUGGCGAGGGUGGUGGUGAGGGAAUGAUGUGGGUGGGCUACAAGAGCGGCCUCAUUGAAAAGUACACCCAAAAUGGCCGCAAUCUGGGCAGUCGGUGGUUACUGCAGCCAGUGGCAUGCCUCUGCGCAGUGGGGGACCGCAUGUGGGUCGCCCUCAGGGAUGGCACCAUAAUGGUUCUGGCUUCUGACGUCAAGAGGGAGAUGUUCAAGUGGCCUGCCCACGAGUGUCGUGUCUGUAGCAUGGUGGCGAUGGGGAGUCUUGUGUACACAUUGGCUGCUGAUGGUGCCAUCAGAUGCUGGAGCCGUGAGAUACCCAACCCUGUGGCAGAUCCAGAGGCUUGGAAGAUGUGGAAGACGUCCAUGGCAGACACAAUCAACUUGCACAGUGUCCGAGUCCUGUGUGGCUCCUGGAAUGUGAAUGAGAUGCGGCCAUUGAAGACGUCCCUGCGAGCCUGGCUUGGAGGAAACGGCAAAGCAGACAAGGCGGACAUCAUCAUCGUUGGUCUGCAGGAAGUGGAAAUGGGGACAGGCAGUGUGGCCCGCAGUGUUGCCAUUGACUUCAUCUCAAAGUCAGCGCUGCAGGAAAAGGGCAAUUCCAAUGCCCAGUGGUGGGCGAACGAAUUGCUAGACGCCCUCAAAUCAGAAGGGGAGGAGAGCUGCUGGAGCAAAGUUGCCAUGCGGCAGAUGUCUGGGGUAUUUGUCAUUGUGUUUGCUCGGAACAAGCUCAUGCAAUACUUGGGGAACGUGGCAACAGCCUCAGUGGCCUGCGGAGUGGGGGGAUUUGGUGGAAACAAGGGUGCUGUGGCAGUGGCUUUCACACUUCUCCGUCGUCGAGUGGUUGCCCUCUCGUCGCAUUUUGCAGCUCAUCAGGAAGCUGUGAGGAAGCGCAAUGCAAAUUACAGAGACAUUGUGAAGAACCUCAGUUUCUACAAGGGCAUUGGCGAGCAGGGGGCAGGUGGUGCUGCUUCAGUCAAUGCUUCUCCAGAACUGGAAGAUCAUGAAGAGCCGGCAUUGAGCAUGGGGUACCAGAGGGCAGAAUGCGUGGUCUGGAUGGGGGACUUUAACUAUCGCCUUGAAGAGUCUUCAAGGCAAGAUACUGUGACGAAAAUUGAGCGGGCAAUCGAACAAAAGGGUGAUUACAGGGAACUGCUGGCAAGCGAUCAGUGUCGAAGGGAGAUGCGAAGAAAGAAGGUGUUCCAUGGUUUGCGGGAGGGGUCGAUCAGCUUUCAGCCCACAUAUAAAUUUGACAGGAAUAAGAGUGAGCCACUGGCAUAUGAUACAAGUGACAAGCAACGUGUGCCAGCAUGGACAGACCGGAUUUUUUUCCGUGGGUCCAAACCCUUCGAGGGUUUAGGGGAUGAUGAAGGGCAAGAAGAGGGCCACACAAAUGGCUCCCACCAGCAAGACAAUCAAGAGGCAUCUGAUUCCCGAGAGCCAGACCAGAUUGUUGCUCGAAGCGAAGCGUAUGAAGCAUGCAUGGACAUCAACGAUUCCGACCACAAGCCUGUUUGGUGCCUUCUGGCCAUGGACUUUCCAGUCUACAACCAGGAGCGAAAGCGUGCCCAGUGUUUCCGAGUCCUGAAGGAUGCGGCUGGGGAGCAGGUGCAGGUGCCGGUCCGAUUAGCAUGCCCAGGCUUCCGCAUGGGCCACGGGGACAUGCACAUGUUGGACGUUGAGAAUAAUGGGGACUGUGCAUGCUUGCUGACGGUCAUGGGCAGGGAAUCGCCUCACGUCAUCCCUAUCUGGCUAGAGGUCAAGCCCCUGCGGAUGGUCGUGCAGGCCCGACAGAAGGGGACCUUCCAGCUCACGUCCUGCCGAACAGAGGGCUCCUCCCACACCACCCUGUCUGCUGGCCUGCUGGUCCAGGCUGAGGCCUUGUUUUGUGGGUGGGGCUCCUCUCCCACUCACCACCGAUUCAAGGUGCACCUGAAGCCGCCUCAGGACCAUGCUGCUGGACACAGUGAAGCUGCGUCUUGGUAG